CAUCUGCACUAUCAUGUGGAGACAAGUCCUGUAGCUGGUGUGAAACACAUUUAGCUUACAAUAGCCAUCCUGCUCAUUUCCUUUUUAAUCUCCUUUGUAAACAGCUGCAGCAUGUCUGUGGACAGCGUGUUCAGGACCCGAUCUCUCGGGGUGGCCGCUGAGGGUCUUCCUGAUCAGUAUGCCGACGGCAAAGCAGCCAAAGUGUGGGAGCUGUACAUCGGAGACACGCAGAGCAGGACGCAGGAAUACAAAAGCUGGGUGGUGUCUUUGCUCAAAGAACACGGGGUGCGGAGAGUGCUGGACGUGGCGUGCGGAACUGGAGUUGACUCCAUCAUGUUGGUGGAGGAGGGUUUUAAUAUGGUGAGCGUGGAUGCCAGCGAUAAAAUGCUUAAGUAUGCACUAAAGUCAAGAUGGGAGAGGCGAAAAGAAGCAGCCUUUGACCAGUGGGUUAUUGAAGAGGCCAACUGGUUGACGUUACCAGAAGAUAUUCAGAAACCAGGGGAUGGCUUUGAUGCUGUUAUCUGCCUGGGCAACUCAUUUGCCCACUUACCGGACUUUAAAGGGGACCAGAGUGACCAAAAGUUGGCCCUACAGAACAUUGCUAGUAUGGUCAGACCGGGUGGCAUCCUGAUCAUCGACCACCGCAACUAUGACUACAUCCUGGAGACUGGCCGGGCACCACAAGGCAAAAACAUCUAUUAUAAGAGUGAUCUAACUCAGGACAUCUCCACCUCUGUGCUGUGGGUCAACAAUAAGCCCCAUAUGAUCACUCUGGAUUACACCAUCCAUGUUCCAAAGGCCGUGCUCCACAAUCUUCCUGAAGUCAGUAAAUUCCGUCUGUCCUAUUAUCCUCAUUGCCUGGAAAGCUUCAAAAGUUUGCUGAAAGAGGCCUUCCACAGCAAAAUGGAGCACAGUGUCUACGGGGAUUUUAAGACAUAUGUCCCUGAGCAGACCCAGGCCCCGUGCUACUUCAUCCAUGUCUGUAAGAAGACAGCUUGAGCACCAAAUUCACCAACACACAGCUAGACCAAUAAAAAGCUCUCAGGGUCUCAUCAUGCUUCUACAGUUCCCCAGUCUUUGUAAAAUGGUUUUCAAAUAAAGUGUUUUAGAAUGUACCCCACAGGUUGCUUGUAAAAAAAAAAAGAAAAGAAAAGAAGCAAUAAUCUUUUUCAGGAUGCCAGAAAAUCAAAUUUUGAUCAAAUGUAUCUUUUUUAAUACUUUACCUUUAGUGAGGAUAAAUAUUAAAGCCCUUUAAAACAUCCUGAUAGCUGUGCCAGUUGAUAGCUGGCUUUAUGAAAAUACAAGGAUUGUUUUUCAAUUCCUUUUUUUUUGAUAGCGCAGUAAAAAUUCAUAAAAUGAGCUUAAUGUUCCAUAAUGUUUGAAGGUGCUGUGUGCGUAAAUGAAGCCAUUUUGGUCCCAUAUAAAGAAAUGAGCAGACACUCAAAAGAGAGAUGUAAUACAACAGAAAACCUAGUUUGAAAAAUAUAAAGCGAAUGUAUUGGACCAUAGUUUCUCUCAUAACUUGUAUCUUCUAAAUGUGCUGUAUGUUUCCUGCUCUCUAUUCUCUCUCUGCUCUUCUGAACUUACACUUCCAACUUGACAAAGUGCGUUAGUGAUAUUACCCAUGAUGGCAUACUUAGAUGGAUUGCCAGUUUAUUCUUAGACAAUUGUAUUUUUAAGUUUACCACACAAGUCUUAAAAACAUAGAUAAAGCAUCUAUGGUAGUUUGUUCAGAUAAUACUUACAAGAACCAGCUCACUAACGUUACAGGUUGUCACGCCUGAAUCCGCCUCGGAGUUGUUUACCUCAACAAAUAUUUCAGUUUUAGAGCUCAAUAACCUCUGACCUCUCUUAAGCCAAAAAAGAAGAAAACACGUGUUGAGCUUCCUCUUAAGGCGUCUUCUAAUAGUUGAGUUUCAUUUUCACAUUUUCCUUUUAUUAUUUUCAUUUAAGUUGUUUUUUUUUUCUUGGGUAUUGUGUUGUGUGCUGCGAUGAAGACACACAAUUCUUCAUUUGAGCCACAAACUGCCUGUACAUGUUCUGGGAGCUACCACCAAGGGACCUGUUACAGGCAGAUGGUCCUUUAAUGCUGCCUCCUCCUGCAGGAUCUACCUGAGAGAUUAACCAAAGAGUAGUAAAGGAAAUGUUCAAACAAUGAGAGAGGUACAUUACACAUAAUAACUUUGACGGUGUUAUCCAGUUCCACAUGUUGUGCUCAGAUACCAAAUUAGAAGUUUUUUUCCAUCUGAAUGAAAGAGAAAAUUAAGUUUCAUGCUUUGUAUUGAAAUUAUGUUAAAUUGAAUUGUCCCUAUUAAAAUAAAAAAAUUCAAAUUCAAAUACUUUUAGGACCCUUCCUGUUUGCCUUAACUUGAAUUUGUCUAGCUUUCAAAUGCUGCAGACAAUAAACUGUGGGAGUGGGUUUGAGAUUUGAAACAAUUUCAGAACAGAUUUGUAAUGUUGCAAAUUCAAAUAAAAUUGGACAUGGGAAAAUGUUGAUCAUUUGCAUGAAGCCUAUAAAAAUACAGUGGUCUGUU